AGCAGAAAUGCUGUUAAAGCUACUUUCACACGCGGUGAAAUGAACCGUCUGUUUAAAAGCGACCAAAGUUAGUAAAAGAUGACGUAAUGUUUUUGUUCCAAAUGUGGGGUGGACUGGAAUUGAGUUGUAGUCGCAGGGGCUUCUGUAGUCACGCGGGUCAUUGUGGUCUUGUUCUGAACUGAAACUUGUACUUUGGUGCGAUAUCAGCCUAUUUUUACCGAAUUCAUCGCAUCUAAUCGCUCGGAACUUUAAUUAAAGGUAAGUUCAUAGCGUUAUUAGAAGGUCUGUGCUGGUGUGUAAGCCAGAUUUUACCUUGUACUGCUUUAUUUUGUUGGAAAUUCGGAAGGAAGUUAGUCGAUGCGUAUUUUACAUCGCCGCCAUAUUUGUAUCUCUGACACGUUUAAAUCGACAAGAUGGUUGUAAGAUUUUCUUGUUAUUAUUCCCUAACAUCUCUUUGUGUUUGAGAAAGAACUGCGGAUUAUUUUGAUUGCCUUGUUCGGGAUGUCAGUGACAAUUUCGGCGUUUCGUCUGAAGCUAACCUUACCGGAAAUUCACGAACGUUUGACUCAUCUUUACGUAUAUUUAUGAGAAUGACGUUUAAUUUUUGCAUUUGGUCAUGCUCGAACGCUUCUUUUUGAGCGGAUUUUGCUCAUCAUAAUUAUGUUCUGUUUCAACUCGAAAGCUCUGUAUUACAAUUUUUCUUUCGCAGAUGGAAGUAGUCGUGAAACCACCAUUUGUGUCAUGUAUUUCGUGUCACAUAGUUAUAUCAACAACUUUCCUUAUUUGAGAAACUAAUGUUGUUUUCCUGGCAUGGAAAUUUUCUUUUGUUUGUAUUAAAAAAUUUGAAUCAUCCUAAAUUAGGCUGCUAUCCUUAGCUGCCAGGAUUUCGGAUUAAGAGCUGUGCUAAAGUAAACUUCGCGCAGUUGAGGUGUUACAAGCUCCCGAGUGGAACUUGAACCGGCUAUGCCCCUUCGCACUUUGUGCGUUCAGUUGAACAACAUGCAAAUUUUUCGACAUAACGCCCUUAAGUAAAUUUUUCUGUUUCCAAAAUAUCUUAAUUACGUAAGGCUGCGAUAAAAAUUAUUUCAUCGUCAACGGUGCGAGAUACACCGUGUUUUGGCAAUAUGUAAUGGAAUAUUUAACAUUGAGUUCAAUUAAGCUGAGCUUACUUGCACUGUAUUUCGUAAUAUCAUUUUUAAUCCGACGUCUUGCAUCUUUUUUUGUGGCCUAGAACAUUCCUUUUGUAUUACAAGUCUGUCUCGUAGUUUAUUCGAAUUUAAAUGUUGUACGUUCCAAACUACAAAGCUUAAUAUAUUCGUUAACAUAUUCGUUAACCAUGCAAUCUUAAUUCGUUAUGUAAAUACAAGCCUAAAACAUAAAUUUAGAAAAGUUGAUUGCUUGGAAAAAGUUAUGUUGAGAUGAUAAUGUUACCCAGGGCAGUGAAUCAUUUUGGCUGUUAUUUUUCCCAGUUGUCUUAACUAUCCUGUAAUGUCCUGAUAGGAGAAAGUGUCAUUUGAAUUUUGCCUUGUCACUGUUUGCUAUGUCAACUGUUUUGUGAUCAACCUUACCAGUCCCAAGAGAUUUUCAUUCAUUCUGAUCAAAAGAAUUGUUUCUUAAGACUGAUAUUUUGAAGAUAAAUUCAAAGCCCAGGAGAUAUUUGGUACACAAGUUUAUAGACCAAGGUUAUCCUCUGGAAUCUAAUAUUUCUUAGCUUUCUGGUUCAAGUUAGCAGAAUUUGACAAAGAGCCAUGAUAUUGUAUAUUCUCCUUGUAAUAAUUCUUUACCAAACUUUUCUCUUUUAUAAUUUUUUUAAGAGGGCUGUUUACAGGAUUACUCCCUUAGAAGAUUAUGUAUUGACACUUAUAGGUUUGAUCUUCAAUAAAUCCACAUUUUAAACUGGAAUCGUAAAGCUUUUACACCUAGAACAGUUGGACAUUUAAGGACUUUCAAUGGCUGCGAGGGGAACGGCACAGCGCCCCAAUGGAGCUGUACAAGGAAAGAUAUGCCAGUUUAAGUUGGUACUUUUAGGUAAGAAUUAUUUUGACACAGUUUGGUGUCAGUGUGUUAUUGGAUCUGUAAAGAACUCUACCUGGUUUACAUGUGACAUAUAUCUUGUAUACUGCUGUAAUGGACAAUUUUGAAAGACAUAGUUGUGUAGUCCAAACAAUGAUAAAAAAAAUCUUGGAUCCUGUUGAGUUUGUUGUUUAAACCUUUUAAAGGCAGCUCCUCUUGCAGAGCUGUCAAAAAGAUUUUGAGUAACUGGACUGUGAUAUAAAGUAGACCACAUUAAGGAUCACAGGCCCUUCUACAGGUAAGGGCUUGGAGGCUGCUGAGGCCCUAAAUUGUUCAAAAUAGCUGGUGCAUUUUUCAGAGUAAACUUUGAAAUGCAUCAGUUGCCAGCUUAUUUUGACAACCCUCACUUGUAUUUUUUAAUGAGCAACUAUAUCUGGGCUCCUCACUCGAUGAAUUGCACUCAGUUUGGUUAUACAUGUACACCAUACCUUAUCUGAGCUGAGAGGAGAAAGGAAAACAACAGCUCUGUCAAAAGUCACUUUUGUGUUGAUCAAUUGCCUUGAGUGAAAGAGGACAUUGCAUCAUUUUUUAACAUUUUUGACAAAAUGAGGUGCAUGAUUUCAUGUUUUUAUGUGUUUGAUUUCUAAUGAAGCAGUAAUUUGAUUUUGAUUUAAUCAGAAAAAUAAAAUUAAAUCUGCAAAACUUAAUGUUAACUGAGUUCUCUUUUGAUAAUUUUACAUGACAAUUUUUGUGUAGCCUGCUUACAAUGUUAUCUUGGAUCUCACAGGUGAAUCUGCUGUUGGAAAAUCAAGUUUGGUUCUGAGAUUUGUCAAAGGGCAGUUUCAUGAGUAUCAAGAAAGCACAAUUGGAGGUGAGUAGCUUGGAAUUUUUCUCUGUGUGAAAUGGGAUGGCAAAAAUUUUCAACUGAUUGAUAUUUCUUCUGUAUUUUCAGCGGCAUUUUUAACACAGACAGUGUGUCUGGAUGACACCACAGUCAAGUUUGAGAUCUGGGACACAGCAGGUCAAGAAAGGUAUCACAGCUUAGCUCCAAUGUACUACAGGGGAGCACAGGCAGCAAUUGUUGUUUAUGACAUCACAAACCAAGACACUUUUGGCCGGGCAAAAACAUGGGUGAAAGAGCUUCAGAGACAGGCCAGCCCUAAUAUAGUCAUAGCACUUGCAGGCAACAAGGCAGACCUUUCAAGCAAGAGGAUGGUUGAGUAUGAGGUAUAUAGAUCAUUGUUUAUGUGAUUUAUUGAUCAAUCCUUAGAAGUGGAGCAGUGAAAGGGUUAAAUUUAACAGAUAAUCUAGUGUUAACAACUGAGUUGAAAACAUAAAUUGGCCACUGUAAAGAGUUUAAAGGCUGUCGUUUCAAGCGUUAGCCCUUCAUCAGAAAUGCUUGAAAUGUCAGCCUUUAAACACUUUACGUUGGCCAAUUUAUGUUUUCAACUCAGUUAACACUAAAUUACCUGUUGUACUCUCCCACUGAUGCAGCACCACAGUUUCUUACUUACCCCCUUUAACAUUUGAAUUUGUUCUGCUGAUUAGGAUGCUCAGUCAUAUGCAGAGGAUAAUGGUCUUCUAUUCAUGGAAACUUCAGCAAAGACUGCCAUGAAUGUGAAUGAUAUCUUCUUAGCAAUAGGUGAGUUUUUCAUUUUCUCGUCAAGCGACCUGCUUGUGUGUUUUAACACUUAUAUCCGUGGCUAAAGAAUGGCUCAUCAUUGAUUGUUUUUUGGUUUUUGACUUUAUUUUCAAAUUUAACUGUGCAACACAGGCUUUCCAUUUGAAAAUGAAUUAGCAGAAGGAUAUUAUAGAGUAGCAGUGAAAUGUCUUCUGUCCCUGUUAUAUUUGUAGUGGUAAUAGGACCAAUUGGAGUCCAAUUCAGUCUGUAAUCAUACAAGUGAUUAACAAAAUUGGACAACUGCAAAGCGGGAGUUUGAUUUGUUAAUUACGAGUAUGAUUACAAACAGAAUUGGACGAUGUGAAGUCCAGGUACCAGUCAAUCAAAAUUAUGACAAAAUUUGAGGAAAAAACUAGACAUCGGUUUUACAUUUUCAUAAAAAAGAACCACAGAUAACUCAGCGAAAUGCAAGAAAACAGUGCACAUACAUAACGUGUUCUGUCUGCUUACAUGGGCAUGAUCUGUUAACUGUCCCUUUAACUGUCCUAUUACAUUGUUCAAUUACAAGCAUGAUGCAUACACUGUCUUAUCAGUGAUCAAAUUGGUCUGGUGAUAACCAAUCAUGAGAAUUUUGGUGUAGUUUUAAUUAAAGAAGUAAUCAGUAGUGGUAUCAUUGAAAUUUUUCAUUAUAGCAAAGAAAUUGCCCAAGAGUGACACCACAGCAGCAGGGCCUGCAGCUGGUGGACGACAGCCCAGAGGUGUUGACCUCAGGGAGCAGAAUGAACCACGAGAAAGUGGUUGCUGUAAAUAGUUACUCUUCAGAAAUCCCCUCUUAUACAAAUCAUGUAUAAAUGAACAAUGAACAAAGUGCAAACUAGAAUGUGGGUAAUGUUACACAAGCAAGAUCAACAAACUGCCCUGUGCAACAUUAAUAGUAAAUGUACACACUCUUUCCUUUAAUAUGCAGUAGUGAUUUAACUUAGCAUGCAAAAAAAAAAAUUGACCAAUUUGUUUGUAACGUAAGGUGACAAACUCUUGUUGUAAUAUGAGCAAUAGUGAGAGUAGCUGAUAAUGAUCAUUUGUGGUGUAAGAUUUUUGUGGCAAUAGUUAUGUUUGUUCAUCUUGUCUGUGCUUUGUGUAAACUCAGCCCUCCCUACAUUCCAUUUCUUUUACUAACUUUUUAUAUAUCAAAUUUAAGUAGAAAAGGACUGGGUCUAUUGAUCUAAGGAAAACCUACUUGAUCUUAAAGUCUUAGCAGACAUUUGCAAAAUUUGCACAGAAAAGUGUAAUAAAAACUUUAACAGUGAUAGGAAUUUUUGAAACUCCCAGUGGCUUGUCAGGUAGUAUGUUAAUAUUGUGUUGCAGAGAAAGAAGUUAAAAAGUCUUCCAGAGAGCUGGCAUGAACUGUUUCACUCCAAAGACCCUAUAACUAAAUUUCUUUUCUGUGUUACAUACAUUUUCUCAUAUCUUAACUCUGAAAUUCUGGUCCCACACCAAGCCAAAUUCUCCUUAAGUAGAAGAUUCUCUCUCUUCUUGUACCAUUCCAGCCUAAAAGCAUAUCUAUUUUGUAAGGGGAAACUACAUAUUCAUCUCUCAACCCCUGGGAAUCAUAGGGUGUAAUUAUGGGUUGUGUUUGAAAGACCUCAUUGAAGAGUUAAGAUCCUGUGCAACUUGAUUACAUUAACAGCGGUGUAUUCCUUUUAAAUAUUUGCUGGGAAAAGUUAAAGAGAAUUAAUUACAGCACCUUUGUAGAAUGAUGAGGGAUAUUUACGCAAACAAGUUUCUGUGACUGAUCUCUUCAAUAAGCUUCUUCAAUUGUACCUUGUGAAAAACCACUGGCUUGCGAAUUGUAGCUUAGUUUCCCUUGUGUUUCCAGCCUUCACAAGUGUACUACUGGUGCUACGGCUCUCGAUAAAAUGACAAGUCUACAGUCUUAACUAGGCUCGUUGUUUGAGUAGUUUGUGGCAGUCAUAGAAUUUAGGAUACUUGUAAUAAAAUAUGGUACUGACCUUUGUCUGCACCUCUUUUUUGAUAUCUUAGGGUGUUCAUAAUAAUGAUAUGGUGAAGUUUUGUCUAAUAAAUUGAGUAUGGUAGAUUGUCAGUUGUACUCAAGUAGGUCAUGUUUGUGUACAUUUAACUGUAACUUGAUUGAUGGGAUUCAAUGUUCAUGGGUUUUUUGCUACCAAAAGUCCCUUUAAAGUGUUGCUAUGGUGUUACUUUGUUGUUGGUUUUAUUUUGCCGGGUAACAGGUCAAAUACGUAACAAAAUCAAUUUACCUUAAAAUGAUAUUAUUAUACAAUAGAAAAACAUAGUUGUUUCCGCUUUAAGUUGUUCUUUCUUUCUGAGAUUUUGUUUUUCAAGUUGUCAAAGCCAGAUUAUGUCGGGUUAAAAAAAAAAACAAACAAAAAAACAAUGCAGCACUAUUACUUGUGAACUAAAAAUGUCCUUGAAAAGAAAUCUGUGAUUCAGUAUUUUUUUUUUCCUCCUGAG